UGGAAGACGCCGCGUUACAGGAAACCAGCAUAUUCCACCUGUGAGCCAUGAGCAAACGGAAACUCAGUUUGAAACUGUUUGGGAGCCUCUCCAACCUCUCCUUCCGCCGCUCGACGGAGAAGCCCGGCACCAAAGCGCCCCUGGAGCACGAUGGGGGCGCCUGCGGUGCCAAAUCAGCAGCGGUGGGCAACCAGUCGGUGGACGACAUGGAGUCCUGCCAUCACAGCCCCGGCUACGCCCGCUCCUGUGAGAUGUACACACAUGUGGGGACUGUGCCUCGCAAAGAGAAGCAGAAGAAGAGCUUCAAGGGGCUGAAGGAGAAGAAGACCAAGGCAGAGGAGAAGGAGGAGGGGGAGGAAAGGGUGAGUGAUGGGCAGGACAAGUGGAAGGCGGGGGAGCAUGUCCGGGACUCCCCCCUGCUUAGUGCCCUGACAAGCCUUAGUUUGAACAAUAUGGAGAAGCCUCAGCCAGCUCCUGCAUCGGCCCUGCCGCUGCCUGCCACCCUGCCACCCAGCCAGACUUCACCUUUGACCUCAGCAUCUGACAGCUGUAUCAGUGAUCCUGCUGUGGAACCUUUGACCAGCAGUGAGGAGCUAAAGAGCCAGAAUGAUUUAGAAACUGCCAGAAAGCCUUCAGCUUCAAACCAGGAUCUGUAUGUGCCGAUGGAUCCUAUAGCUGAAAUAGCUCACGGCCACGAGGACCCCCAAACAGAGAGACUGCAAGACAUCACACGUACACAGGAAACCAACACAACCGUGAAAGACUCUCAGGAAGUGGAGGGUCGUGACAAGCAUCAGGAUGUGACAGAUGGCGGUGGAGAAUAUGUGAAAUUCUCCAAGGAGAAGUUUUGGUUGGAGCCGCCGUCGGAGAAGCUGAGGAAGCAGCUGGAAGAAGAGCUGAAGCUGAGCGGCACAAACCUGAAGAGCCACGCUUGGUACCACGGAUGCAUCCCCUGGCAGGUGUCGGAGAGCCUGGUGGUGAACCACGGCGAUUUCCUUGUCAGGGACUCUCAGUCCAGUCCGGGUGACUUUGUCCUCACCAGCCACUGGGAACAGAAAACUCUUCACUUCCUCGUCAGGAAGGUGGAGGUUCAGUCUGCUGAGACUUACACCCGGGUUCAGUACAGCCUGGAGAGCGAGGUCUUCGACUCCUUACCCGCCCUUGUUCAUUUCUACGUGGGCAGCCGGGCGGCUCUGACUCGGUGGAGCGGAGCGGAGAUUCACCGGCCGGUCAACAGGACGCUGCCGCUUAGCUACCUGGAGACGACCUUCCGCACCUCCACCAGCUCCUCCUCCUGCCAAAAGGAGCUGAGCAACUGUAGCAUGGGAGUGAAGGAGAGGGUCUGCCCGAGAAGUCCUUCCUCUCACCACCACAAGGAGGCAGACAUGAACAGGGAGCAGGAUGGCCAGCUUCAUCCUUCCAGCUGCUCACCGUCAUCCAGAAGCCCGUGCAGCAGCCAGGCUCCCAGUGUGAUUCCAUCCCCGUCCCUACCCAGGUGCUCGGACACCGUCCAACCCCUGACCUCUCCCAGCGGCACCCUACAGAGACAGCAUCUUGACAGACCCCAACCUCACCACACCCAUGGCUCCCCCUCCUCUGAUGCAGAUGGAAGCUGCUACACCGAGCUUUAUCCUGGCCCUCAGAGCUACGUGGAGAGGCUGCAGGCGGAGGAAGGGUCGGGGGUCGUUGACCCCCUGAGGGCAGAGGAUGGGAAUAUGUACUUUUCACCUGUGGUGGAGACGGUCUCCUGUUUCAAACCCAGCAGGUACCAGUCGCCACUGAUGGCAAAAGAGAAUAAGCCUCUGGAGGUGGGCAUCCUGCGGAAGGUGAAGGAGCUGCUGGCCGAGGUCGAUCCCAGGACGGCGGCCAAACACAUCACCAAGGCUGACUGCAUGGUGGCCAGAAUUCUGGAGGUCACCCCAGAGGUGCAAAGGAUGAUGGGAGUUACCUCUGGGAUGGAGCUGCUCACGUUGCCACAUGGCCAACAGCUGAGACUGGACCUGCUGGAGAGGUUUCAAACCAUGGCGAUCAUGCUGGCUGUGCACGUAUUGGGCUGCACCGGGACGACUGAGGAGCGAGCGUGCCUGCUUCAUAAAAUCAUCCAAAUCGCUGCCGAGCUCAAGAGUACCAUGGGCAACAUGUUUGGCUUCGCUGCUGUCAUGAGAGCCUUGGAGCUGCCGCAGGUGUCCCGUCUGCAGGAGACUUGGAUGACGUUAAGACAGCGACACACAGAGGGCGCUAUUCUCUAUGAGAAAACUCUCAGGCCGUUUAUGAAGAGCCUGAACGAUGGGAGAGAAAGCUGUCCGCUGUCCAGCACCACUUUCCCCCAUGUCCUCCCCCUUCUGACUCUAAUGGAGAAGAAUAUGGCAGUGGGUGAGGGGACGGAGCCGUGGGAGACAGUGGAAGUCGGGGUGGAAGUGGUCAUGUUCCACCUGGGGGCGGCGAGAACCAUCGCUCAGCUAGGGGGCAUCUACCGCUCUAACGCUGAGAGCAAACUACAGGGUUUCCAGGAGCAGGCUGAAGUCCUGGAGCUUUUCCUCACAGACUUCCAGAUGAGGCUGCUGUGGGGAAGCCGUGGAGCCGAGGAGAAACAGGCUCUGCGGUACUCUAAGUUCGACCAGGUGCUCACCGCCCUGUCCAACAAGCUGGAGCCGCCCGUCAGACGACACUGACCCCAGAACUGUUUUUAAGAGGCCUUGUUUAUGGAAUGAGCUCAUGUUGGACACUGAGUGUCUCCUCCACUGAAAGCCCAUUAAAAGGAAAAGCACUGCGGCGUUUCAAACAGGGAGCAGACACCAUAAUGAAGCAGGACAUCGUCUUAGUUUAAAUCUGUUCACAUGUAGCAGACCGGGAUACUUGGAGAGUAAAACUGACAUUUUAUAAAUGCUUAAUUUCCUCAUACCAGCACUUUUUCCUCUGAAGCCAGACUGAGGGAACUUUAUCCUCAUGAGACUGAGGACAGUUUGUGGAAGAAGCCACUAAAUGCAGGACGAUGGAUCUUUACUUCUGACCGAGGACUUGCACUGCUUCAAUGUUUUCAAGCAACAGCUUCACAGGUGAACAUUGUACUACGUUUAGUUUACCUAACAGAGCACUUCAUCUAUCCCGCAGUGACCCAGGAAAACACGAGUUACGAGAUACUGAGGCUGUGCCCCAGUCUGAUAGGUCCAUGUAUGUAAGUGUUUUAGUCUCCCUGAAGGCUGGAUCUUACCUGAAUCCACAAGCAUAUGUCAUAUUGUACCAAUCAGUAACAGAGUAACAGUACAUCUACAUUUCCAUGUGUUUGUAUUAUGUUAAUAAUUAGGAUUUUCUAAUUUGAAGUAAAUAUUAAAUGUACUUGGGGUCAGUUCACUUCAUGUUUCCAUCUUGUUUCUUUUUCUUCUCAUUAUUAUGAUGUCAGUUUUAUGUAGGGUGAGUGAACUGCUCUUAACUCCACGAGUACAUCACAUAGGUACAUUUAAUUUUUGUUUCAUGUUUAUUAUUUAUCAAAAAGUGUAAAUAAAUAUGUUUACUUCA